AUGGCGGACACCAAUGGAUGUAGUUCUUCGCAACUUUCAGAAAUAUUUCUACGAAAAAAAUUCCCUUUGAUUGAUAAUGAUCUUCUAGUGUAUAUAACAGAUGAAGAAGCAGAUGACAUAACCAGUAUUUGGAUAGCAAAACAAAGUGAUAACACAGUUGUAGAUCAAAAGAAACUUCAAAAAGCAGAAGCAAAGUUAAAAGCAAAGCAGGAGAAGAGAGARGAAAAGGAGGACAGAAAGACACCUACUAAUAUUGAAAUGGAUGGUGCUACUGCCAGUCAAAGUGCAAAUAGAAGAGAAGCAAAGCUUGAAGCCAGUGGCACAAACAAGUCAAGAGAUAUUAAAAUAGAGAACUUUGAUCUUGCUUAUGGAGAAAGGUUUGUUAGAUAUGCAUCUGUCUGAUCUGUUUUAUUGUUUGUUGGUUGAUUGGUUGGUUAUAAACUUCUA